AUGUGGAAUGGAAUAGCUCCAGAGGAAUGCUGGAAAAAGAACUUUAGAAUGCCAAGAGAAUCCUUUAUGAACUUAUUAGCAGAGUUGAACCCAUACAUUUCGCCGGAUCUAAGCUCUCCAAAUUACAGAGCACUGAGUGCUGAGAAAAAACUGGCACUGACAUUAUAUUUUUUAAAGGAUACGGGCUCUUUAGGGAUGACAGCAAACACAUUUGGGAUUGCUGUUAACACUGCUUCAGCUGUGAUAACUGAGGUAUGUCAAGUCAUCUCAAGAAAAAUGGGUCCAAAAUACAUACACCUUCCCAGGAGCCAGGAAAGCAUGCGAAGGAAGGUAUCCGAAUUUGAAGCAAAAUUUGGGAUGAACCAAGCAUUUGGUUGUGUAGAUGGGACGCACAUUCCAAUUAAGUGCCCAGCAGAGAACUCACAAGAUUUUUUCUGUUACAAACAAUAUCAUUCGCUAAGCGUACAAGCAGUAUGUGAUUACAGAGGCUGUUUCCUCGAUGUGGAAUGCAUGUGGCCAGGAAGCGUCCAUGACGCAAAGGUUUUUACUAACUCCUCAAUUAAUAUUAAGCUGAGGGACAAUAAGUUGCCAACCACCUAUCAGACCCUAGUUGAAGGGAGAGCCAAAGUUCCAAACUACCUUAUUGGUGAUCCUGCCUAUCCAUUGCUUCCCUUCUGCAUGAAAGAGUACAAGACAUGUAUCAGCAAUGAAGAAGUCAUUUUCAACAACAUGCUGAGAGUUGCAAGAAAUCCUAUAGAAUGCGC